UUAUUGCAGCAAAUCCUCGACACUCUUCAAAGUUCCACCAUCAUGGCAAAGGGAGCAAAUAAUGAGCAAUCACGAUUCUGGACAGUAUAUCAAAAGGUCGCAUCACAACAUGACAACGAGUUUUUGGAGCAAUAUGAUGGUGGCAUGGAUAUUGUCUUGACCUUUGUA